UCCCCGCAUAUCUUGAGCGCACUGGCAGGACGUCGCAGGAUCAGAGAGAGGGAAGCUCGAGCUUCUCUCCUUCAUGCACACCCCUCCCAUCCAUUCCCGGCUAUGCUUUGGGUAUGACGUCACAUGUGCUCCCUUAGGUUGCCAUAGCAAUUUCUUUCCCUAACCCCGUUCUUUUUUCUGUCCCUCCUCCUUUCUGGUACGUUCCCAAUGGUACAGCCAGCAUCUUGCAGCAUAAUGCUUACAAGACGGUAAACGGGGAGUGAUUCAGCAUUGCAAUCGUAAUUUCAAGGCUAUACCGGUAUUUUUUUCUUCCAUCGCUGCAUUUUUUUCUAGUUAUCUCCAUGUUCACUUUUAUUUUUCUGUGCGUGCUAAGUCGUUAAAUGUCUCUCGUCGGAAUGUUUUGAACAGAACUGUCACCGGCCUAGGUUCGUCGUCAGCUGGCACGGAAUGGUAUUUAUGAGCAGGCAUUUCUUCUAUUACUGCGGUGAACCAGUCCUAGAUGUGAAAAUAGCCUUUUGUCAGGGUUUUGGUAAACAAUUGGAUGUGUCAUACAUUGGCAAGCAUUACAACAUGAGCAAAUGCAAAGUGGACAACCAGUUCUACAGUGUGGAAGUAGGAGAUUCCACCUUCACAGUUCUCAAACGUUACCAGAAUCUAAAACCCAUCGGUUCUGGAGCUCAGGGAAUCGUCUGUGCCGGGUACGAUGCAGUCCUCGACAGAAACGUGGCCAUCAAGAAGCUCAGCAGACCCUUUCAGAACCAGACCCAUGCCAAGAGGGCAUACAGGGAACUGGUGCUCAUGAAAUGUGUCAAUCACAAAAAUAUCAUCAGUUUAUUAAAUGUUUUCACACCACAGAAAUCACUAGAAGACUUUCAGGAUGUGUACCUGGUGAUGGAGCUGAUGGAUGCCAACCUAUGCCAGGUGAUUCAGAUGGAGCUAGACCAUGAGAGAAUGUCCUACCUGCUCUACCAGAUGCUGUGUGGCAUCAAACACCUGCACUCAGCUGGAAUUAUACACAGGGACCUGAAACCUAGCAAUAUAGUGGUGAAGUCUGAUUGUACGCUGAAGAUCCUGGACUUUGGCUUGGCAAGGACUGCAGGCACCAGCUUCAUGAUGACCCCGUACGUGGUGACACGGUACUACAGAGCUCCAGAGGUCAUCCUGGGCAUGGGGUACAAAGAUAAUGCGUCUGUCCUUAUAGAAUGCUGACACCACUAUUUGAUGCAAAGCAUUGUUUUUUGUUUUUGGUGGUGACGCCGGGUCUGGGUGCUGCCGCUGAUGGAACCGGGGGUGCCUCAGCUGGCUCGUCAGGCUUCCACACCUUAGCUGGCUCGAGAGGUUUCCUUUCCUCGGUUGGCUCGGCAGGCUCCCAUCCCACGUCAUGCCUCAGCCAGCUUUUCAGGCUUCUACGCCUCAGCCGGCUUGUCCAGCGCCCAUGCCUCAGCUGGCCCGUCAGGCUCGCCCAGGUGGGUGUCACACCUGCUCACACUUCCCCUCACCAGGCUGCCCUCCAUUACGCACACCUUUCACCAUCAGUAAGCGCAUCUGUGCUCAUUGGACUCACCUGGACUCAUUCACGUUGUUGAUUGCUCCCUCUAUAUCUGUCUGUUCCUCAGUUUUGUUCUCUGUGUCAGCAUUAUUGUCGUAAUGUUAUUUUGUUCACCCUGUCCAGACACUGUUCUUGUUUUGUUUGAAGUCCGUUUUCCAUUAAAUGUUCAUUCUCUGUACCUGCUUCUCGUCUCCAGCGUGUGUCCUUACAUAUAUAGGGGCCCUGGUCAAAAGUAGUGCACUAUAUAGGGAAUAGGCUGCCAUUUGGAACCCCUUUAAGGCUAUGGGAAAUGGGGAGGGCUAUAACGUAAUAACAAAAGCUUUAGUAUUAAUAGGGUCUUUCUUAUAGCAGACUAAAGCAGUGGAAUUACCAUUGCAGAUGAGAUGAGGAGAGGGGGGUGAAGUCUCUGACCAAUAGUACAUUCAGACAGGACUCUCUAUACAUUGUUCUGACACGUACAUCUGGAGAGUUUUGCGUCAGUAUAGAUAUUAUACUGAGGUACUAUACUAGUGUUAUUGUCGACAAUGUAAAUAUUUUAUUAUCUAUUUAAUUUGUUUAUUUGUCAGGGACCAUACACAACACAUAUUGCACAAUUGGCAAACUCCAUUCCAUUGGAAAUCCCUCCCUACAAGUUGACACCUUUUUGCAGUGAUUCAUAGGAUUUACAAGGACUUGUUCGUUUGUGAACCCACUCACAGUCCAUACCGCAACUGCACAAUGUUGAUCAACAUCUGUUGGACUGUCAGAAUAGGAAGAAAUCUGUUUGUUUACUAUGAUUGAACUAAUUAAAUAUGGAAGAGAGAACUUGUUUAAGAAAUGGCAGAUUAUAGAAAAGUUGUCUGUUACUGUUACACUUUGCUCAUGUCCCUCCAUUUAGUGGUAUGUCCCAAUGUGGCUCUUACGCAUCUGCUUGUAGGACUAUUGUAGGCCUAUGCAAUUGUCCCCUUCAAUUGGUUAGUGCUAUAUAUUAAAGCCUAUAUGUUUUUUAUUUGAGACAGCCAGAGUGCUGUCCUGUCCAGGUUUGUUGUGUGUUUUUCUUAACCCCAC